AUGGAGUUCGCCGCCUUUGCAGAACAAAUCCGAUCCGGACGCCCGGCCAAGUUCCCCGCAAAUUCAAACACUGUUGAGUUUGCUCAACAACUCGAUGCUCAGGAUAGCUUAAGGCACUUGCGCGAUGAGUUCAUCAUCCCGACUAAAGGUUCUCUCAAGAAGAAGGCGUUAGACGGAAGACUCCCCAACAAGCAAGCUUUGAACGGCCAUGCAAACGGUGUUAAUGGUACAAACGGUAGCCACUCAUCUGAAGAUGACGAGACACCGUCUGUUUACUUCUGUGGAAACUCCCUGGGUGUCCCGCCCAAGGCUGUAAAGGAAUACAUCAAUGCUCAAUUGGAGACAUGGGCUUCGAUCGGCGUCAAUGGCCACUUCAGCGGUCUCGGCAACUCACCUUUGGUGUGCUGGCAGGACAUGGCUGAGAAUGUCGCAAAGAAGAGUGCGCCUAUAGUUGGAGCACUGCCCGAAGAGGUUGUUAUGAUGAACACUUUGACAGCCAACCUGCAUUUCCUGAUGGCAAGCUUCUACCGCCCAACAGAAAAGAAACACAAAAUCAUCCUGGAGUGGAGACCAUUCCCCAGUGACCACUAUGCAAUUGAGUCUCAGAUUCAGUGGCACGGACUGGAUCCCGCCAAGUCCAUGGUGCAGAUUCAACCCGACGAGAACUUUUAUAUCUCAACGGACUUGAUUCUGAGGACGAUCGAUGAGCAUGCUGAAGAGACGGCCUUACUUCUGUUGCCAGGUAUUCAGUACUACAGCGGUCAACUGUUUGACAUUCCUCGCAUCACCGAAUACGCCCAGUCCAAGGGACUGGUGGUUGGUUGGGAUUUGGCACAUGCUGCUGGAAACGUCGAAUUGAAGCUGCACGAUUGGAACGUGGACUUUGCGGCUUGGUGUACCUACAAAUAUCAAAACGCUGGACCCGGUGCCAUGGGAGGCGCGUUUGUCCACGAGAGGCAUGGGAAGGUUGAAAUGAGCGAGGGCAAGCCCAAGUUCCGCCACAGACUGACGGGAUGGUACGGAGGAGACAAGUCGGUGAGGUUCAACAUGGACAACAACUUCCUGCCUACCGUUGGUGCAGGCGGUUUCCAGGUGUCCAACCCUUCCGCUCUCGAUCUUGCCGCCUUGUCUGGAGCACUGUCGGUGUUCGAGAAGACGUCAAUGUCUGAUUUGAGGACAAAGUCUCUUGUUCUGACGGCGUAUGCCGAGCACCUUCUUGAUGGAAUCCUUGCAGAUGACACUGACAGUGAGCCUUCUUUCCGGGUCAUUACACCAAGAAACCCGCAAGAGCGAGGUGCUCAACUCAGUGUGUUGUUGAAGGAUGGUUUGUUGGAUCGUGUGACAGAAGCGUUUGUGGAUGCUGGUGUUGUAUGCGACAAGAGAAAGCCUGGAGUUAUCCGAGUUGCUCCAGUGCCUCUUUACUGCACAUUCCAUGACGUGUGGAAGUUUAUGGAUACAUUGAGAAAAGCCCUUGCAUAA